AUGGCAUACACACUAAUAUAUGCUGAUGACAUAAUUCUCACAGCUUCUUUAGAUGCUCUUAACAAAUCCAUUAUGUCUCAUUUGAGCUCUAAGUUUACCAUGCCUGAUUUAGGCGCAUUAAGUUAUUUUCUAGGCAUAGCUAUCACUCGACAUGCAAAUGGUUUAUUUCUAUCUCAGAAGAGGUACGUAGAGGAAAUCAUUGAACGGGCAGGCAUGUCCUCUUGCAAACCAACAACCACUCUUGUCGUUGACAGGAAGGCUAAAUUAAGAGUUAAUGGCCCUCCAAUUAAUGAUCCAUCUCAUUACCGUAGUCUUGCAGGUGCUCUCCAAUACUUGACUUUCACAAGGCCUGAUAUCUCUUACGCCGUGAAACAAAUUUGCCUAUACGUGCAUGAUCCUUCCAAACAGCAACCCACCCUCUCUCGUUCCAAUGCUGAGUCUGAAUAUAGGGGGUUGCAAAUGUUGUCGUAG